AUGUCUGAGCAACCAGAUUCCGUUAUAUUUCAUUGCCAACAAUGUGCGAUGCGCUUCAACUGUUUGAGUGAUUUAGUACAGCAUAUGCAAACUCAUACAGGUGAUAAACCCCUUCAAUACCUGCAAUGUGAUGAGCGUAUUAGUCAGGCUGAUAAUAUAAAACAGCAUAUGCAAAUACACACAGAUGAUAAACCAUUUCAUUGCCAGCAAUGUGAUAGGAGUUUUCGUUUGCCAAGCCAUCUAAAAAAUCACGCAUUAACACAUUCAGAUGAGAAACCUUUUCAUUGCCAACAGUGUGAAAAGAGUUUUCGUCAAUUACGUUAUCUGAGACGGCAUGAAUUAUUACAUAAACUUUAUCAAUGCCAAGAAUGUGAAAAAAGUUUUAGGCAGGCUGACGAUUUAAAAAUUCAUAUGCGAACACAUACUGGUGAAAGACCAUACCAUUGUGGUCAUUGUGAGAAGAGUUUCAUUCAUUCAGGUCAUCUAAAAAAACAUCUGUUAUCACAUACUGGUGUUAAACCCUUUCAAUGCCAAGAAUGUGAAAAGGGUUUUAGGAAGGCCAGUGAUUUAAAAAUUCAUAUGCGAACACAUACCGGUGAAAGACCAUACAAUUGUAGUCAUUGUGAGAGAAGUUUCAUUCAUUCAGGUCAUCUAAAAAAACAUCUGUUAUCACAUACUGGUGAUAGACCUUUUCAGUGUCAACACUGUGGAAAGAGAUUUUAUCGGUUUAUUGAUCUUAAACGGCAUAUGUUAGUACAUGCAG